AUGGCGGAAAACUUUUUCUACCCGUCAGACGAUUUCGAGCCGGGCCUCUCUCCGCCCCGCCGGCAUGAGCUGCUGCGACUUUUUCUCGAGCAGACUGGAGCGCUACAUUCAUUCCUAGACACUACCCGGGGUCAAUAUCAACCAGUAGACAGACGGGUGCUCGCCUUGGUGGACGACCGAUGUGAUCCUUGUUUGCAAAUAACGGGCAUCGCGGGAAGCGCAGCUUUCCUGCCUGUCCGACCAUGGGAGUCCGAGGAGUACAUGAGACGGCCUCCUGAGGGCUUAUAUACUCGGUUUUGCGGUGUAGAUGCGGAAAUGCUCUACAAACAUCUUAAUAGGGAUAGAACAGGCCGGGCAGAACGCCGAAUCAUAUAUCUGGUCGAUAUGACACCGCUGGCGUGCCUCGCGUUGAUCUCAACUGUCAAUUAUUUUCACCUUCCCCAAAUUCGCGGUUUCACCCUGGAAUUUCAUCUGCCUCAUUAUGUCCUCCGGCGAGAGGAUGAUCAACUCCGUGAUGAUCGACUCCUUCGGAAACACCGUCGCUUUCGCCUCUCCGGCCAGGACGCCAUCUACGAGGUGCAACUGUCCCUGGUCGUUUUCGGGGUCGAUGAAUUCUUCUGGACUGCCUAUUUUUGCGAAGACGCGUACUUCCGAGCCAGUAAUCCAAUCACCGAACACCUUAAGGAUAAGGGAGAUGGGCCGUCAUCGGGGGCGCGGAUGUCCAAGUUCCCUAUCUGGGACCCCCGGUACUAUUUCCUCUCCAUUUUAGUCAUUCGCAUGGGACAAAUUACGAUGGAAUGGGCGGUCUUGAUGGAUAUUAUCACCGGCCAUCUUGACAAGCAUGAUGACCUAUUCCUGGAAGACGACCCGUCCUUGAGGAAAACGAAAGAAUAUACCUGGAUUUUAGUCACCUUACGACGGCUUCGCAACCUACUAGCUCGAGUAAUCGCGACGCUGGUCUCCUUCGAUACAAACAAUUCCGUCUACUUUGACCUUCAGGCUGAGGGAGCCCUGUACGACCGGUUCCGCGAGUGCUUCGACCAGGUACGUCAACUUACCGCUGAGUUGGCUUCUACUCGGAUGAUUCUAGAGCAACGUAUUGAAACAUUAGAAAAAAUGUCGGAUGUUCUGGUGAAUGCAUCGUCCUUGGCAGAAAGUAUCACGGCCACCCGCCAGGGAGACAAUAUCCGGCUUUUGACGUAUAUUAGUAUUAUCUAUCUCCCAGUGACUCUGGUGACGGGCAUCUUCAGUAUGAAUCAAGUCAGCGGCGAGAAUGCGUGGUGGAAAUACUGGCUCUGUCUCAUUUGUUUCACAGCUGGUACUAUCUCCAUGGCUUUCGGAGUACAAAUCGUCAUUUCUCGGUGGAGAUAUGGACGAGGCAAGCAUGUCAUGGAUCACUUGAACGUCGUGCAGGCAGAACAUACAAGAUGA